AUGGCAGUGGCUCGCUCCCCGCUGCGGAGACGUUGUUAUUCAUUUUCUCCUGCUGCUUCUUCUGUUUCUUCUUCUUCUUCUUCUGUUGUGCUUGCUGUUGUGGCGGUGGUCCCGCUGCUCGCUUUAGCUGUUGGUGUGCCACCACCUGUUGUACAUGCCAGUGGAACUGGUGGCGAUGUUGGCAUCCUGUAUGAAGUGUGGCACACGCGUGCCGCACAGGCCAUGAAGAAAGUGCGGCAACUUGGAGGCACGCAGCUGACCACGGAACUGGUGCUUCGAAGCAACGGCUCACUGACACUGGACGACGUGUACACCAAGUACAACAUGAGCGCUGACAUCUAUAACGUGCAACCACAGCUUGGCUUCUACUGCCUGUACCGUAAACGGCCCAACGACACCAACCCACCUGUGGACGACUGCGACAACAUCACGCACACGGCGAGCGUGCACGCCAAGCUGCUGGUGCAAGCGCACGUCGACUAUGUGGCCGUGGAUGUGACCAACUGGCCGUCCUUCAACACGGAGACGGACAUUGCUGUGAUCCGGCCAACGGAGGUGCUGUUUGAGGAGUGGCUUGCUUUGCGCAAACAGGGCCAGCCCACGCCACAGAUUGCCAUCUGGGUGUGCAGCCCAAGCAACUCCACAACCUGGCGGUACAUGCUGCAACACAUCUACAACAACCCGCGCUAUGCGGAGCUCGUGUACAAGCGCGACGGCAAGAUGGCUUUCUUCCUCCCAUACCGCCCGGGCUCCUGCUACAGCGCCAGCGAGGAGGCGCUCAUACAGAGCAACUUUGGCGGCAACAACGUCACCACCAUCAAGAUGUGGGCGCUGUUUGGCGCCGACACAUACACGCAGGACGUCUGGGGCUUCUUUUCGCCGUGCGUGUCGCAGCGCACAGGCAAAUACACCUCGUCCAUGGUCGGAGAGGGCGACUGCAACCAGUACCCCACGACCACAGGCGCCAGCGGGCCCGUGCAGGAGGUCACGGCCUCUGGUUCGUACAUGCUGAGCGAGACGGCGCUCCCCUUUGCGUCGCCCGGCCACAUGCGCGGCCUCACCCUGCAGCGGCUGUUCAAGAAGGUGCUGUCGCAGCGCGCGCCAAGCCUCUUCCUCUCGUCCUUCAACGAGCACAUUGGCGGGCGCCAGGCACCGUCGUCACCGGCCAAGAUUGCGUUCAACAUGGGUCUGCCCAACGACCCGCAGCGCAACGCAGUGUGGGUUGACACCUACGGCAGCGAGUUCAGCCGCGACGUGGAGCCCACGGUGGAAGGCGGUGCGCGCACAUACCAGGUGCUGGUGGCGUGUGUUGCCUUGUACAAGGCAGGGCAGACGUGCGCGAAUGAGCCCACCUCCAUCUGCUGCACCACCGCCGACAAGGAGGUGUGGACCAACGUGUGGUCACUCGCCAACCCGCAGGCCACAGACGCCCUUGUCACCGCCAGUGAGAAUGAGCGUGACACGCUGGUGCAGCAGGGGUGGAAGGAGGUGUGCACCCCAAUUCCGGGGCCGUCGGUCUUCUGCGUGGAGGCGAACAACCACGAUGGGCGUGACGGGCCGUUCAUGCUGUACAACGCGGCGCAGCCAAACAACAGCACAAAGCCCAUCUACCGCUGCUACAACGCCACCCAAGGCCUGCACCUGAUCAGCGAUGACCCAAAGUGUGAGGGCUUAGGCGCCAUGGAGAUGCUGCUCGGUUACGCGUCACGUGGACCAGGUGGCGAGACGUUGCGCGCGCUGCGGCGUUGUCGCUCCGCUGCGUCCCCAGCGCUCUCGCACGCGCUUGAUCUCGCCUGCGACCACAAUGACAGCCACGUCCUUGGCUUUGUCCGCUAG